AUGCCGAAUCAGAUGGAAUUUUACGACGAAGAGCUUUCCAGAAGUUUCCGUCAACUGCAAGAGUUGCUGCAAGAAGACGCCAGUAGUCCUCGUUUGGAUCAAUUAUUCAAGUCUUGUGGCGCCUACAUUCAACAAAUGAAUCGAGAAGUGCAAGGCAUGAAGGGGGAAGAGAAGAAACAAUGGAAAGAAAUUCUUGGAUUUCGGGCACAAACUUUUAAGCAACUGCAAGCAGCGGUACAUGAGGUGGAGUUUUAA